AGCUGACCUUUGACCAGCCUCUAAAACGCCUCCUAUAAACCAUGUUUUUAUCAUGCAGCCUCAUUACACAUGUAGACGCUGUCCAGGCCACAAUGUUGUUCAUAUUUUCUGCAACCACGUGGACGUUGCUGGCUCUCUUUUUCACCAUCUUGUUACUCUUUGGAAUCUGGCCUUUUAGGACUUUCAAAAAUAUAGGCAUAUCCGGACCAGUGCCUCGGCCCUAUGUCGGAAAUCUCUCGCAACAAGGAAAGGGAUUCUUCGAAUUUGACCGUGAAUGCCAGGCCAAGUAUGGAGAUGUCUGGGGAGUAUUUGAAGGACGACAACCAGUCCUAAUGGUUGCAGACCCUGAGAUUAUUAAAACAGUGAUGGUGAAAGAAUGCUACUCAGCAUUUACAAACCGCAGGGAUUUUUUCGUGGGGGACGGACCUUUGAGUGACGCAGUUGCUGCCGCUAAAGAUGAAAAGUGGAAACGAAUCCGCAGCUCGAUGUCUCCGUGCUUCACCAGCGGAAGGCUCAAACAGGUUUUCUCCAUUAUAUCUCGCUAUGCAGAUCGACUUGUUGAAAAACUUGGAGAAAAACAUUUAAACGAAACCAUUAAUAUCAGACAAUUUGUGGCUCCAUAUACUUUGGAUGUUGUGGCCAGCUCGUCUUUCAGCGUGGACCCAGACUGCAUCAACAACCCAGAUGACCCCAUUAACAUUCAGGCUCAGAAAGCUACACGCUUUAAUUUUUUGCCAAUAAUUUUAAGAUCAAUUAUUCCCUUUGGGGGUCUUCUGCUCAAGCUCUUCAACAUUGAAACUCUGCCCUCAGCCAAUGUGGAAUUCUUCAUUGGCAUCAUCAGAAAUCUAAAAGAUCAGCAUAAAAGAGGAAAAGUGAAUCGACCAGACUUUCUGCAAGUGUUAAUUGAGAGUGAGAUACCAGACGCAGAGAUAAAGAACGGUCAACCACAGCCAAGUAAAGGUUUGACUGAAAACGAGAUAAUUUCCCAGGCUUUUGGCUUCAUCGUAGGGGGCUACGAUACGACCAGCACCGCCCUGUCCUACAUCUUUUACUGUCUGGCCACAAACCCCGACGUAAUGAACACUUUGCAGCAAGAAAUCGAUUCCAUCCUGCAGAAAAAUAAUUCCGUUUCCUAUGAGGACCUUAACGAUCUGGAGUACCUGGACCAGGUCAUUAAUGAGACGUUGCGUUUGUAUCCUAUUGCACCUCGGCUGGACAGGGAGUGCAAAAUGACUAUAGAGACUCACGGCUUCACCAUCCCUGAGGGAAUGGUGGUUGGGAUUCCUCUUUAUCUCUUACACAAGGAUCCACGGUUCUGGAGCUCACCCGAGCUCUUCAGGCCAGAGAGAUUCAGUAAAGAAAACGAAGGCGAGCUGAACCCGUACGCGUACAUGCCUUUUGGUCUGGGCCCUCGGAACUGUGUCGGGAUGCGGUUCGCCGUCCUCAUGAUGAAGAUGAUCAUCGUGCGUCUGCUGCAGAGAUACUCUGUGGAAACAUGCAAGGACACCUUGAUUCCACUGCUGUUUAAUUGGCAGUUUCAACCCAUCAAACCAGUAAAACUGAAAUUUGUUCCUAGAAAAAAGGAAUCCAAAUAGACGGCAAUCCUCGAAAGGGAUUCAAUUACGAACUUUUUUCUUGAAGUGACAUUUAAUGUGUUAAGUUUAAUACUGGAAUGCACUUAAUAUUUGUACUUAAAAAAGUACUAAAUGUAUUUGACUUUUUGAAAAUUAAAUAAAAAUAUCUACAAUUUGAGAAUUCACUACUCUAGAUGUGCUGUGCCAACAAUGACACUUUUCAUUAAACCUGGAGAUCUGCUGUUUUUCAAAUACUCUGAUUUUUAUUAAAAGCUCAAAAACA